AUGCUCAUCAAUGAUUUAUAUCAGCGCCGAUCUUUUCGAAUUAAGCUCAAAAAAAUUUAUAUAUGGCAAGACUUGCCACCAAGAACGAGUAAAAGCAUUCCAGAAUCAGCUAUUAUUGAUAUCACUACAAUAAAAUGGAAUAAUAUUCCUCAAGUAAAAAAUCAUACAUUUUUUAUCAAAGAUGAUUUUCCUUUUACAGGAAAUGCAAACCAAUAUCAAGAAUUUUGCAAUACAAAUGUCAAUAGAAUCUAUCAUCUUCGCGAUUGCUUCUUCUCUGGCAAUUCUGCAAUAAUUUACAAUAAAACUUAUCUCGACAUAUCGAUUCCAAAUCAAGAGAUUGCAAGCUUGUAUAGUUUAAUACCAGGGCAAAUAGUUGGAUCUCACGAUGUUGCUAUUUAUUUAGGACAUGGUUUUUGCCAUAUUUACGGUCAUUUUAUUGAAGACGCUCUCUCUCCAUUGAUGCAAUUACCAAACGAGAUACUAAAGAAAGCUACAAUUGUAAUGUGCACUGAUGACAAGUA